AUGUUCUUAGCUUGGAUGGAGUGUAAUGAACAUAAUAAGGAAGCACGUAAGCUUUCUUAUGUUGAAUUUCCUACCAAGUUUGUUUGGAAAUUGAAGGAUCGUUGUUGGAAGCCAAGAGAAAAAGGAUUUUCUAUCGGUCGAAUUCACACCGUCUCUCCUAAUGUUGGUGAAGCAUAUUUUUUAAGAAUCCUUUUAAAUAAAGUCAAAGGUCCGAAAUGUUUUGCAGACAUUCGUACGGUUAAUGGACAUGUGUGUGCUACUUUUAGAGAGGCGUGUUAUGCUCUUGGACUUUUGGAAGAUGAUAGGGAAUAUAUUGAUGCAAUUGAGGAAGCAAGUCAUUCAGGUUCUGGAUAUUAUUUGCGUUAUUUAUUUGCAACUAUGCUGAAGUCUAAUAGUUUGUCGAUACCGUACUUUGUCUGGGAAAAAACAUGGCAAUACUUAUCAGAUGGAAUUCUCUACAAUCAACAACUAAGAUUAAAGGCACCAGGUUUAUCGCUUGAUGAGGAUCAAGUUAAGAACUUGACACUUUAUGAGAUUGAAAAAAUUUUACUCCAAAACAAUUCAAGCCUCAAAGAUUUUGAUGGGAUGCCUUACCCUGAUCAUGAGUCUAUAUCUUCUUCAAAUAAUCGAUUGAUUACGGAGGAGCUAGAUUUUGACAGGACGACUCUAUUACAAGAGUUUUAUCAGCUACUUGGUUCAUUAACAGAUGAACAAAGAGGUGUUUUCGACGAUAUUAUCACAAAUGUCACAGCGAUCUCUGAUUGUACGUUGUGCAUCUCUACUUGUACGUCCCUCUCUCUAAAAUUUCCCAGAUCCAAAUCAGGGUUAAAAAUGGCGCAAGCUGUGGAGGAUUGGUACAAACAGAUGCCUAUUAUCACUCGUUCGUAUCUCACAGCUGCAAUUGUUACAACAAUCGGUUGUUCUCUUGAGAUCAUUUCACCUUACAACUUGUACUUGAAUCCCAGACUUGUUGUUAAGCAGUAUCAAAUCUGGCGAUUGAUCACCAAUUUCCUCUAUUUUCGCAAGAUGGAUUUGGACUUUCUGUUUCAUAUGUUCUUUCUGGCUCGAUACUGCAAACUUCUAGAAGAAAAUUCUUUCAGGGGAAAGACUGCUGAUUUCUUUUAUAUGCUCUUAUUUGGUGCGACUGUUUUGACCACUAUUGUACUUGUUGGAGGGAUGAUACCAUACGUGUCGGAAUCUUUUGCCAAAAUAAUUUUCUUGAGCAAUUCACUGACUUUUAUGAUGGUUUAUGUUUGGAGCAAGCAAAACCCAUUCAUUCAUAUGAGCUUCUUGGGUCUCUUUACCUUCACAGCAGCUUACUUACCAUGGGUUUUAUUAGGCUUCUCUGUUCUUGUUGGAGCUAGUGCUUGGGUCGAUCUACUUGGAAUGAUUGCUGGUCACGCGUACUAUUUUCUAGAAGAUGUGUAUCCAAAAAUGACGGGACGCCGACCUUUAAAAACGCCUUCGUUCAUCAAGACACUAUUUGCUGACGAGGCGGUUGUGGUAGCACGACCUCAAGAAGUGAGAUUUGCAGCACCACCCGUUGAAGAAAUGAGAAGAUGAUCAAGCAAGAUAUUAAAUGUUUUUUUCUUCUUUUUUACUAGAGGUGCUAUAUGGUAAUAUGUUAGCUUUAUACUUCUCAAAUUGCACAUAACUUGAUGUUUUGUAAGUUGUUUGUGUAAAGAAGAAAUAUUGAGAUUUAGUAGUAGU